AUGAACUCUGAAACAAGCAAGCAAACAGAAGUGCAGAAUCAUACUCCUAGUUUCUAUGUUAAAAUUUAUCCAUGUCACAAAGAUUCUGUAAUUAUUGAUGAUCAACCACAAUCAUCAGGUGCACCCAGCACCUCAAAAAACAGAACAGAUAAACAAGCUGAAAACCUAGAAGAUUAUCUCCUACCAAUAGAUAGAGAAAGAAGAACGACUAAACCCCUAUUAAGAUAUGCAAGGUCUGAGUUCAUAUCUAAUCACUCCCUAGAAGAUGAUAAUGAAGAACCUAACAUCUUUGAAGAAGCAUUAAAUAGUGAUGAAAAAGAUGAAUGGCUUGCUGCAAUAAAAAAUGAGAUUAAUUCUCUACAUAAGAACGAAACAUUGGAGUUCACUGGUAGACCUCUUAACAAAGGAAUUAUCCCCUCUAAAUGGGUCUACAAGAAGAAAUUUUUAGGAGAAAAGAAUGAGAAGGUGAAAUUUAAAGUGAGACUAGUUGCCAAGGGCUUUAAACAGAAAGAGGGAGCUGACUAUACCGAAAUUUUUUCUCCAGUAGUAAGCACUUCAAUUAGAGUUCUUCUAACUAUUGUUACCUGUGAAGACCUUAAGUUAGAACAGAUGGAUGUCACUAUAGCCUUUUUACAUGGUAGCCUAGAAGAAGACUUAUAUAUGGAACAACCUAAAGGUUUUGAAGCUAAAGGAAAAAUAGACCUGGUUUGCAAACUAAAGAAAUCCUUAUAUGGAUUGAAGCAGUCACCAAGGUGUUGGAAUAAAAGGUUUGACGAUUUCAUCAAUAAAAUAGGCUUUAUGAGAAGUCUAUAUGAUCCUUGUGUCUACUAUAAGAAGCUAACUAAUGGAAGCCUAAUCUAUUUGUUGUUAUAUGUUGAUGAUAUGCUAUUGGCUGGUAAAAAUCUUACUAAGCUAAAUGAGAUAAAAGAACAAUUGAAGAAUGAGUUUGAAAUGAAGGACCUAGGGUCAGCUAAAAGGAUCCUAGGAAUGGAAAUCACAAGGCAAAGAAGCAUAAGGGGAUUGUUUCUAUCACAGAAACAGUAUACUAAGAAAGUCCUAGCCAAGUUCAAUAUGGCUAAUGCUAAGGCAGUAUCUACUCCUGUGGGACAACAAUUCAAAUUAUCUGCUAAAGACUCUCCUAACGAAUCAACUGAAAGACAAGCUAUGUCUAAUGUUCCUUACUCUAAUGCAAUUGGAAGCUUGAUACAUCUAAUGGUUUGUACUAGACAUGAUUUAGCAUACAACUCAAGCUUAGUCAGUAGAUACAUGAAAAAUCAUGGGAGAAAUCAUUGGGAAGCUACUAAGUGGGUAUUUCGAUACCUAGUGGGAAUAGUGAACAGAGGCUUGCUAUAUGCAGCUCCUGAUGAACCUAAAAUUCUUCUAAAGGGCUAUGUUGAUGCAAAUUUUGCAGGAGAUUGUGAUAAAAGGAGAUCCUUAACUGGUUUUUCUUUUACUUUGGGAGGCAAUUUAAUUAGUUGGAAGACUAAUCUACAACUCUAUCAACAAUUCAGAAGCAGUAAAAGAGGCUAUAUGGCCAAAAGGUUUGAUUAG